CUUGAAUUCUGGUAUAAUAUAAUCUGAUCGACACUCAAAAUUUUCUUUCAUAUUCCUCUCCAAUAAUGGUUCAUUUCAUUGAGCUUUCCCUUGGAAAGGGCAUUAUGAUACCACACAAUAGAACCGUUAAAGUUCUCUUACAAGCCCUCACAGUCAUUUUCCUCGUAGUCAUCCCUCUCUACCUGGUAUUAAACAAUUCAUCUACGCAAUUGCUAUCUCCAAAAGACAAUGUCAUGAGCAUAAAAUUAGGAAAGAAAUGCGAUAUAUAUCGUGGAAAAUGGGUUCCUUACCCCAAUGAUCUUUAUUACACUAACGAAACUUGUCCUGAGAUCUUCGACCAACAAAAUUGCAUGAAGUUUGGAAGACCAGAUACCGAGUUCUUGAAAUGGAGGUGGAAACCAGAAGAAUGCGAGCUACCUAUCUUUGAUGCAGUGCGAUUCUUGGAGCUUCUCAAAGGGAAGUCAUUAGCAUUUGUUGGAGACUCUUUGGGAAGAAACCACAUGCAGUCAUUGAUGUGCCUCUUGACUAGAGUGGGAUAUCCUAAAGAUGUUUAUUACCCAGACCCAAGGUUCAAACGUUGGUUUUAUGAGGACUACAACUUCACACUAGCAUCCUUCUGGUCACCACACUUGGUUAAAGCCAUAGACACAGACCCGAAUGGGCCAACCUACAAUCGCCUCAUGAACCUUUACUUAGACGAAGCUGACCCUAUUUGGGCAUCUCAAAUUGAGACAUUUGACUAUGUGAUAUUCUCAGCUGGAAGAUGGUUCUUUGGGCCACAAAUGUUCUAUAAAAAUGGUCAGAUUGUUGGUUGCCAUAAAUGUCUCAAAAAUAACAUAAAAAAUGUGUCUACGUUCUAUGGGUACAGAGAGGCCUUUAGAACAUCCUUUAGGACCCUUGUAGGACUUAAAAAUUUCAAGGGGAUGGUAAUUUUAAGGACAUUGUCUCCACAGCAUUUUGAGAAUGGGGAAUGGAAUAGUGGAGGGAAAUGUGUAAGAACAAGGCCUGUGUCCAAUUUAGAGAUGAAAUUGGCUAGGGAUGAUUUGGAGUUGUACAUGACACAAGUGGAGGAGCUAAGGGCAGCAGAGAAGCAUGGGAGGAAAAGGGGUUUGAAAUUUAGGAUGCUAGAUACAACUGAGGCUAUGAUAGUGAGACCAGAUGGACACCCAAACCAUUAUGGACACUGGCCACGUGAAAAUGUUACCAUAGCAGAUUGUGUCCAUUGGUGCUUGCCUGGCCCUGUUGACACUUGGAAUGAGUUCUUGCUUCAGAUGUUGAAGAUGGAACAUGAGGAUUCCAUUUGAUAGGAAGCAUCUGAAAGUUUUGGAUAAAUAUCGAGCUAGGGAAUUUUUUAUUGCUCAGUUCAACUUAAUCAUUGUCCUUUCCUUCUUUCCUUUCUUUUUCUGGUGGGAGCGAGGGAGAAAUGUAGACAUGCUGUACUUGACUACUUGUUACAUUUACUUGAA